UGGUAUGUUUCUGUAUCUUCUGCUCUUCGUGCCAUACGUUUCGGUGACGCAAACUCAUGUGAAGUUGCGACGUUGAGUCUACCUGUGCAGCCAGGACGCUGGUCAGCGCCUCUCACACGUGACGCGGUGACGCUGACAGAGAGGUAGAGACAGCGGCAGCAGCCAGACUCAGCUCUCGGUCAUUCAGCACCAGCAUUAUCACCAGGACGAAGCAUCUUUGGAUUUCAUCCGGGCUCAGACUUUGGAACCAUGCGUGGACCAGCUGCAGCGGGGUUGUCGGUGCUGACCGCCUACCUGCUCUGCGGGCCGCUUCUCUGCGCCGCGGCCAGCAGCCAGCAGCCCAACGACCGACCCAUCAUCGGUGUGUUAGCACAAGAAAAUCUGCCUGAUGACCAGUUUGCUCGAGGGUCUUCUUACAUUGCUGCCUCCUACAUCAAAUUCCUGGAGAGUGCUGGAGCCAGGGUCGCACCAAUCAGGAUCAAUCGCACAGAAGAAGAAUAUAUCAAGAUGUUCAACUCAAUAAAUGGGUUGCUGCUGCCGGGGGGAGACGUAGACAUUCAGACAUCCCAGUUCAGUCGAGCUGCCAGGAUCUUUUACAACUUGGCUUUGAAGGCCAAUAAUGCAGGGGAUUACUUCCCCAUCUGGGGGACAUGCCAGGGCUUCCAGCAACUCUCCGUCCUCACCGCCAGAAGAAACCUGCUCACUCUCACCAAAACCAAGGCUGUGGCUCUGCCACUCAUUCUCACACCUGCGGCCCAGUCCAGUCGCUUGUUCAGGAAUUUUCCCAGGGAUGUGCUUCAGUCUCUGGCUAAUAAAAACAUCACCUCCAACUUCCACAGCUGGAGUCUUUCCAUACAGAACUUCACCCGAAAUGCCAAACUGAAGAUGUUCUACAGAGUGUUGUCCACCAACAGCGAUGGAGAGAAAGAAUUCAUCUCCACCAUGGAAGCUUAUCGCUACCCGUUCUACGCUGUGCAGUGGCAUCCUGAAAAGAGUCCGUUUGAGUGGAUAGAUAAACCCGGCAUGGUUCACACCGUCUCUGCUGUCCGAAUCAGCUUCUACACUGGAAGCUUCUUCGUCUCUGAAGCCUUGAAGAGCCAGCACCGCUUCUCCAAUCCUGCUGAAGAAGACAAAGCUCUGAUUUAUAACUUCUCCCCUGUCUACAGAGGCCUCAAUGCAGUCUUCAUCCAGAACUAUUACUUUGAUUGAUGAAUGAUGUUUAGGAACUAAAGGUCCUGAGUUCAGUUUAAUCAUAAUUUAUCAUGUGUCAGAAAUCAUUUUAUUAGCUCUGUUGUGAAAACUGGCAUAAAGUGGUGAGAUCUUUCCAGGCAACGCAGAAAACAGAUCAUAAAAAGACUGGGAGAAAUAAGUAAUCUUGUAUUUUGAUUUACUGAUGAUUAUAAAAUAAGUAAUCUCAAAUUUUGAUUGAUGAUUAUACAGAGAAUUCGAGAGUUUGAUGUAAUGAAAAGCAGAUCAAGAAAUGAAUAACAUGAUGAGUGAAAUGGUGAAAGGAAUUAAACUCAGAUGAUUAUUAAAAGAAGUUAUGUUUGCAGAAUUGAAUCAAAAAGAUGAUUAUGUUUAAUGAUUCAUGAUAACCAUACAGCAUACAUAAAAUUGUAACUGAAAUAAGCAUACAUUGUGUGUGAAGUACAUUGGCAUGUGAUUCUUGGACUGUGUUAUAAUUAGAGCAGAGGCCAGUAACAGAAUGUGAGCUGAGUGGGGAGGGCAGGAGAAUUUCAAAGAGGAAAAAUUCUCAGAAGCAGAUGAGAGAAAAGCCACCAGAUAAAGGAAGUAAAACCAGAUGGUCAGUUAUAAACAACAAAAUGAGAAGUGAACAAGGAGUUGACUGAUGUGGAAAGAUGUAGCUGCUGUCAAGACAACUGCAUCUGGUUUAUUGUUUUGAUGUUUGGUUUAAGGUGGCAGUAGUUAAAGUUUAUUUAAUAUUAAACAUUAAGUUUAAAUGUGUGGUAGUUUUAGUAAAUUUGUGUUGAUGCUCAUUAAGUUCGGUUAAGUGUACAUUCAAAUGUGGGGGGAACUUUUAUUUUGUUCCACGGACCAUGUGUUGCCCGGGGAAGCAUUAGCUGGCGCACUUAGGUGCAUUCAAGCCCAAGAAGCUGAUCGCUAGAAAUUAAACUUUAUUCCUCAGGAGUCAAUGCGGCUAAUGAGGUACGGUUUUGUUUAUUAGUCUCCGUGCCGAAGUCAAGCCAACAAGAAGAUGCAAACAGAAGACCAGCAGAGGGCCUCAAGGGAAGACUCUGCACUUCUAGAAGGGGACAAGACCCAUUGACCCAUUGACCCUGGUUCCACCCUGGUUCAACCCUGGUUCCUGAUUCGACUGCCGCUCUGCGCUCAACCCCAAAGAUCUCAAAGCUGCUGCAACAGACUUGGAGAAUGGACAAAGGUCACGGAGUGAUGAAGAUCUGAGUGUUCGAAGGACAACAACCAGUUCUGCUUUGUUUCUAUUCAGAAGAUGAUUUUGCUGCACAAAGACAAGACCCUAACCAAGGACAUUGAAGCUUUCUGUUGCCGAGAUCAUUCGUCAUCUGGGUUUGAGUUGAACUGAACCCCAAAGCCUCACUCAGUAAAUUAGUGACACAGUUUAGGGAAUGAGGUUAGGAGAGGAUUGAUUUGGUUUUUAACAAUUUAGAUUUUUAUUCUUCAUUUGUAAUCAUUGAUAAUUGAUGAUUAUCAGUGAUCAUUAAUACCUGUCAUUUACCCCUGCUAAAAGCUUGCUUAGUAAAGAUGCAUUAAAAUUCUAA